GCCGUUCCGCCAGUGCGGAACUGAAGUGCUGUGGGGUUGGUGGCCGGCCGGAAGGCAGCGCACCGGAAUGGCGGCCGCGGCGGGCAUGGGGGGCCUGGGGCCCGCAGCCGCUUGGAAGUUGCUGGGGAAGAGGAUGGGGGCAGUGGCACCUGCAGCGUGGGUUCGUUGUAUCUUUACCAGGUCGAGAAUUCCAGACUCGGUAUUUCAGCCGCGACCUGGAGAUCAUGAGAAGUAUGGAGGUGACCCUGAGCAGCCCCACAAGAUCCAUGUUGUUACUAGAAUUAAAAGUGUGAUUGGUCGCCCUUACUGGGAAAAGAAGAUAAUACAUGAUCUUGGAUUGGAUAAAGCACAUCAGCCGAUACUGCACAAAAAUAUCCCUUCUGUGAAUUCCAAACUGAAAGUUGUUAAACACUUGAUAAGAAUACAGCCCCUGAAACUACCUUACGGGUUGCCAACAGAAGAGGAAAUGACAGACACCUUUCUUACAAGCAAGGGAGAGCUUGUCAUUAAACGGCAUUUGAAACCUGUGGAGCAGAAAGCAAUUAAGUCAUAAGCUGUGCUGGUUGGAUUUAUGUAAAAUAAAGUAGAUUAUUUAAA